CGCUGUGAAGUGCAGAGGUACGCGCGGGUGCUCUGGCCGUUCUGACUGGAAGACUGUGUACUGGUGUCUUCCAUGGCGUAUUUUCAAUGAUUUGAGUUUGUGUUAGUUCCAAAGGCACGGCCAUGAGGCCUCUAUUACUCCUUGCCCUGAUAGGUCUCUGGGCAGGGGUUGCCGCAGAAUCUAAGAAGUUUUCCAUUCAGGAAUUAUUAGACGCAAAUUUCAAGACUAAGAUAUCCAAUGAUAUUUAUUUGGAUCCGUGCAAAGCAGACGGCUUCGUGUACGACAUCGCGCUGCCGAACGAGGCCUACGAGGCGGAGCUGACCCUGCAGCAGCUGGCCGAGCUGACCCCCGACGCCCACGCUGCGCUGACCUCCUCCCUCCCCCCCUCCUCGCCCACCUCCCCCGCCUCCCUCGCCAACGCCUCCUUCGCUUCCUCGCCCUCCCUGCAAGGCCAGGCCAGCCCACGCCCGCACGCCCACCGCCCCACGCCCCUCACGCCCGCCGCCGGCCGCCCGCGAGACCCGCGGAGGCACCGCAGGAAAAACAAGGGCGUGGGGAGGGAGGAGCGAAGGAAUAGGCGGAAGCAGCAGCACAAGAAGAGGGACAAGAAAAAUAAGCACCGGAAGAGGAAGAAGGAGAGGAGGAGGAAGAAGGAGAGGGAGGCUGCGGGCGCGGGGAGCGGCCAUGGCCUGGCGGCGGGCGUGGGCGCGGCCGGGCGGCGGGCGGCCAGGAGGGUGCGCGCCCGCGGCACCUUCGAGUACCGGCGCCACAUGCGGGCCAGGGCGCGGCGGGCGGCCACGGCCAGGAAGGAACGCGUGUGGGACUUCGGCGUGAUCCCGUACGUGAUCGACUCGAACUUCACGGGCGCCGACAAGGGCCUCUUCAAGCAGGCGAUGCGGCACUGGGAGAACUUCACGUGCAUCCGGUUCGUGGAGAAGACGGAGGACCACCCCAACUACAUCAUCUUCACCGAGAGGGAGUGCGGGUGCUGCUCGUUCGUGGGCAAGCGCGGCAACGGGCCGCAGGCGCUCAGCAUCGGCAAGAACUGCGACAAGUUCGGCAUCGUGGUGCACGAGCUGGGCCACGUGGUCGGCUUCUGGCACGAGCACACGCGCCCCGACCGAGACAACCACGUGGUCAUCAUCAGGGACAACAUCCAGGCUGGUAAGUGGAGCCCAAGUGUUUUUUCCGUGUCAUGGGGAGGCGUUGCCAAUAUGUGUGGAUGUGUACAAAAGAAAGAAAAAAGAAAAGGAAAAAAAAGGAACAUUUAUUAAAGAGGCUUCCAGUUGGUAGUAGCACGUCCUCUUGUCGCAUUACUAGCAUCGCUCAAAAAAAAAAAAAAAAAUAAAAAUCCGGGAAAUUUCGAAAGAUUUGGAAAUUCCAACUUCUUUGGGCGGCGUAUACUGAUAGAGGCUUCUGAGAACUAUUUUGGGUGAUGUUGGUUUAUUGAAAAUACACGCGCGCG